AUGAGCGCCAGCGAUGACGAGACAUAUACGAUCCCGAUAAAAGACCAGCGCUACUUCGGCGCCGGGCUCAAGCGCACGCGCGUCAAGUUCGUCCCGGCCUCCUCGCCCGCCACCCCGCAGCCCGCCGCCGACGGCCCUGCCGUGGCCGACUUAUACCUGUCCAUUGUCGGCGGCGGCAAGAAGCCAGAGCCGCGACCGGACCGGGGUCAAGACGACGCCCAGCCGGCGCCGAAGCCCGAGAGAUGCGCCGUGUGCGACCUGCCGCUGGUCGACGGCCACCAAAGCACCCUGGCCCACCAGGUGUGUGUGCAGCAUUCGCACCCGCCCUCGGCCAUCGAGCGCACCAGAAAAGGCCUGUCCUUCCUCCAGGCCCAGGGCUGGGACCCGGACGCCCGAAAGGGCCUGGGCAAGGCCGGCGAAGGCAUUCUGCACCCGAUAAAACCCAAGAGGAAGGACAACACCGUCGGCCUCGGAUGCGUCGUGCCGAAAAACACUGCCCCCAAGGCCAAGGUGGAGAAGCAGAAUGCGAAGGAGGCCCGGAGGAUUGACGACGACGCCAGGCGGCGGAGGGAGCAACUGCAAAGACUGUUCUAUUCCUCCGACGAUGUGCUCCGCUACCUCGGCGAGGGUUAG